AUGUCGGCUGAGAUGAAGGAACAACUUCAGAAGAUCAUGCCAGGUGCAGUGACAGACAGUGACAAAAGCAACAAGUCCAAUCGUCAACAAUUUGGAGGCCAGUAUCAAUGGGAUGAAGACAGAAAUGGCAGACGUGCAUUCACCUGUUGGAUCAAGGACAAAUCAAUGGAGCAUGCAUUCUAUUGA